UGCUUUAGAAAAGAAAAUUGACGAUUAUCCCCCUUAUGUUGGUUCCUCUGAACCAACUUACUACGGCGAUUUUCGCCAGGUCUACCGAGAAAAAAAUACGGCUGAAUUAGCGAGAAUUAAAGGGGUAGCCCAAGCCAAGGCGGAGGAAUAUCAAGCCGUCGCGGACCAGAUUACUCCGCUACUUGAAAAGAUUAAGGAUAUCGAGGCUAAAUAUAAAAUGCCCGCUAUACCCGCUUCGGGAGCGGUUUCCCCCGCCACCGACCCCACUAAGUCCGAAAACGGCACCGCUUUAUCUUCGGCUCAGCGGAAAUUUUUCACUGAAAACCAACCGGCGAUUAAAAAAGGCUUAUUAGAAUUAGAAAAAGCCGUCUAUUUGGUCGAAGUGGGAGCGGAAUUGAGUAAAAUGGAAAAAGAUAAUAUUGAGUCAGCGAAGAAUAAAUAUUUCACUGAUGCUACUAAAUUGGGAGAAUUACAAGCUGGGUUCGUGCUAACCGAUUAUCAAACUUCCACCGGAAAAAAACUUAAGAUUAAUUGUUUAAGCAACCAAGAAAAAAGGUUAUUUGACCCCACCGCCGCAGACAAUGAAACCGCCGCUCUUAACACGGCCGAAAAAGUCGCCGCCGCGGCCAAAUUAUUAUUCCAGGUGCGGUCGAUUCGCGGAGUCGCAACUUUGACUGCUCCGGAAAAUUCCGAGGUUCAGGCGGCGUUUGACCGAAUUUUUGAUGGUUUAACUACUAAAAUUAAAACUAAAUACGCCAGUUUAAAAGCCAACAAAAAAUUUGAUUACCAGCCGGAUGCUUAUCAAGGACAUAAUUUUGCCCUGCUAACCGGUCUAACUCCUUGGAAAGCUGGUGAGGAAGUUAGUUAUUCAGAAGUUUUGAAGGCACUUGAAACCUUGGGUAAAAUUAAUACCGAAACUGAUAUCAGAAAAUUAGUGAACGACUUUACGGAUGAAAAUAUUAUGGCCGCCUACUCGGAAACCGAAGCAAAGUAUUAUCCCUACCGAGAUUUACAAGUUGCUCGCGAAGCCAAGAGAUUAGAAUUAUUCAAAGACAAUUUUGAAAAAGCCCAGGAACCCACUGGUUUAGCCAAAGAUGGAAAAGACGAACGGACGGCUUAUGAACUGGGUUGGAAAAAUCCGCAAGGAGAACCAGGCAAAUACUCCGUAAUUAGAGGAAAAAAAACUAACUAUUUUGCCUUAGAUUUAAAGCAGGAUAUUGAGCGACAAACCAGGAGUAGUGAUUUAGAAACUUUUUGGUCUAAUCGGACAGCGGAAUUUAAUAAUUUAAAGAACAAUUUAUUACCCGCCGACUUAAAAAAGAAUAAUUUAAUAACUCUCUAUCAAACUACCCUUAAAAAUUUGAAAGAAGAUGAAUUUAUUGCUGAUUUUGUCGCCCAAAAUGGUGAGGCGAAGCAGUUCGCGGAAAAACAGAAUAAUCGGGAUAAGGUUUUAGCCUUUCAGGUUCGUCCGGUUUACCGGUUUGAUGCAGAUAAUGCUCCCGGAAGUUUGCCACUGCCAACCCAGGAUGAAAUAUGGGCUUAUAGCAAAGAGGGAAAGGCGAGGGGUGCCUAUGGUUCUCAUAGUCAACCGGUUGAGACGGAUCUUAAUAUGGCUGAAAUUAGCCGAAUAGAAUUAGAUAAAGCAAAUCGAAUAUUAGAAAGAAUUAGCCAAGCCCAACAAGUAAGUGAUUUACCAACUGAGCCGGAAAUUGAAGCGAUUAUUGAAAAUAAAGUGACGGCGGGGAAAAAUCAUGCUAGCGUUAAAACCGACCGUAAUGCCAAAAAAGCCCAAUUAGAGCAAAGAGCGGCCGACCAGCAAGCCCGCACAGCGGCCAUUCAGGCAGAGGAAAAUCGCCUUAAAACCCUCCUCCAACGAGCCAAAGCCCAACCGGAAAUCACCGCCAUUGCCGAGGAACUAAACAAAAAACCCGUGGUAGACGCCAGUGAACUCCAAAACUCAGAUUAUCAGACCGAAAUGAGCGGACUAGCGAGCGAUGAUAGCCAACGAGCCACUCGCAAAGACGAAAUCCUGGCGGAAAUUACCAGAUUGAGAACGGCAAAAUUAGACCAAGUGCGAACUAUUCUCAGCACGGCAAAAGGUAUUUUAGAUAAAGAUGGAGCAACCAAGGAAGAAUUAGAACAAGCCGUUAAUGACUUAAAAACCCUGGCUAAUGCUCCCGCCGAUAGUGCCGAACAAAUAGUGCCAAAAUCCCCCACUUUGACCCGGUUCCUGCCCGAGCCGCGGCCAUCACCGCCAUCAAAAAUCACUGAAAAUCCAAAUCCCACGACCAAACCGAGGAUGGCACCAUCAAUAAUUGAUAGCAAAAAAACUGAAUUAACCGCUAAAAUUGAUACCGCCAAAGCCCAAGAAAAACCCACUCCCGAGAAAAAAGCCGAGGAGGUAAAAAAGUUAAAAACCCCCGAACAAAUUAAAGAAUUCAUCACCAAGAGUAUUCCGGAGCAGGAAAAAGCAGAAUUUACUAAGCAUUUAAGUGAGUUGACCGAGGUCGAAAAACCAACUGGUUCGGGUGAAGAAGAGCAAUUUAAGAACUUUAUGGCCCAGCAAAAUGCCGAAGUGGUAGUCAAAGCCGUUUGUAGUUAUAAAUUAAAAAAAGAUGAUAAUUUGCGGAAUGAAAUUGCCACGGAAAUGGAAAAUCAAAAGGAUAGUGAGGGACAAGCAUUAGAUGAAAAAGUUUAUCCCAAAAAAGAUGGUAAAUAUACCCCCGAGGCGAUGGUAAAAUAUCUUUUUGAGAAAAAAACUGGUCAGGCUCAUGCCUUUUCAGCAAAAAAAGUAGAAGUAAAAAAAAUAGACGACGAAAACAUAAAAAUCGAUGGAGUUCAAAUAACAAUUGAUGAAUAUAAUAGCAACAUAAGAGGUUAUAGCAAACUUGACAUGCAGGAUGCAAUUGAAUAUAAAAAAUUAGACGACGAGAUAUUUGGAAGUAUCAGGGACGAAGAUGGAGAAUAUCUUCCUGACCAUAUCCAAAUUAAAGAGUCUAGAAAAGUUAGAUAUACGGAUUAUGCCCUUUGGAAAGAAUGUAAACGGAGAAUUAGAGAGGAUGAAAAAAAUCUAAAAGGCACUAUGACGAUUAUGAAAAAAGACAAAUAUCGUGGUAUUAAAGGCGAUGAUGAAGUUAAAAUCCAAGAUAUCGUUAGAAAAAAUAAUGCUGCUUUACAACGUAAUUUAGAUUUAUACCGAGCCACCUUACCUUUUUUACGGGAUUUAAUCAGCAAAAAAGUAGAAAUUGGGCAGGGAUUAGGCACACCUCUAGUUAAUCCGGAUGCUGACUUAAAUCGCGAAGAAAAAG